AUGGACGUUGAAUCAUUAUUUACCAACGUCCCAGUAGAUGAAACCAUCAACAUCAUCUGUGACAAGCUGUAUCGCUCCGACGACGCCCCAUUCGCCAUCGCAGAAGAUUGUCUCUGUCAUCUACUACGUGCCUGCACCAAAGAAGUCCCUUUUUACGGCCCUGAUGGAAACAUGUACACCCAGAUUGAUGGCGUCGCCAUGGGCUCACCACUAGGCGUCCUCUUCACCAACUUCUACAUGGGAACCCUAGAAGAAAAAGUCUUUUCACUGCAUCCAGAACUCAAGCCGCCGAUCUACGCAAGAUAUAUAGACGACAUUUUCAUCAACACCAACAGCGAAGCAAACGUCCUCCAACUCAUACAAACCUUCAGGAAUCACACGUCGCUCAACUUUACCCACAAACUAGAAAACAACAAGCAGCUCCCCUUCCUUGACAUCUUAGUUCAACGCAGUACCACCAGCUUCACUACCGAGGUCUACGUCAAAUCCACAAAUUUAGGAUUCUGCCUCAAUGCCGCCAGCGAAUGCCCAGAGAAAUACCGCCGCAGUGUUAUCAACUCUUUCGUCAAGCAGGCCUUCACACACAGCUCAUCAUGGCCUACAGUCCACAAAGAACUCACAAGAGUGUCCCAAAUGCUAGCCAACAAUGGAUAUAAGAAAGAAGAAAUAGACGAAAUUAUCCGGCGACACAUGAAUUACCACUUCCGCGCAGAUGAAAAGCAAGACCCCCAGCAAGAAAUACACCUCUACAAUAAGAACUUCAUGACAUCAGCCUACAGCAUGGAAGAAACAGCACUUAAGAAAAUAAUUCACAACAACGUCAAGACCGUGGAUCCCAACUUUCAAAUCAAACUCAUAAUCUACUACAAGUCUAAGCGCACGUCCAGCCUCGUACUAAAAAACAACUGCCACCCACCAACAACAGCGCUUCAAGAGGUGAAUGUGGUGUACCAAUACACAUGCAACCAUGGUGACUGCAGUCGCCGACCCUCUACGUAUAUUGGCUCCACUAUCACCACCUUGUCCAAGCGCAUUACAGCUCACCUGCAAGACAGCGCCAUCAAGAAACACCACGUCACCAACCACGCAGAUAUUAACUUCACCCGGAAGAUAGUAGAAGAGAAUACAGUCACCCUUCAUAAAGAACCAAACAAAGCUCGCCUUCGAAUGACAGAAGCAGUGUACAUACACACCAAGACUCCCAGCAUCAACAUCCAGCUCAUUCACGAGUCUUCCCUCCCAUCGUCAAGGAGGCAGAAUGACACGCGCUGA